UUUCAAUACACAACUAGCUUAAUCGGAAAUCUAACACCAAACACGGGCCGUGGUUCCGAGUGACGAUUUGCAUUGUAAAUGUAAACUUAGAAGUUCUUUCUGCACUGCAAUACGGAGGAAACAUAUCCGUGACUCUGUCAGAAGUCAGUCUUGAUUGAAAGAAGAAGGAAUUAAACUUAUGAUUAAAGGGAAUUAACGAAGGGGAAAGAAAAUAUACGACUUGAUUAUGAUCGGAAAUUUAAACGAGCAGAGAGUGAAUUAAUCCCUCCUAUAGUUACGGAACUUACAAGCAGUUGACACUGCGCACUUUUUAUGGAAGAAAUCGGAACAAUUCAACGAUGUAAAUUGAUAUUCAAUUAAUGUGAUUGAGGAUAAUUAUACGAAGAUGACGUAGGCGAAUACGGGGUGUUUAUUCCACAUUUAGAUCUGAUCCUACGAUUGGACUUUUCUUCUUGUGUGUUUAUGCCAUGAAAGUGUGAGACAAGGCCUGUGGCUAACAGUGAAACAUGCGGCUCUUUCAGGCCCAAGUUUCUAUGGAGGAUUUUGAGCCCCCGCCACCGUUUCUCAAGGACCCGACCCGGGAUAAUUUGAAACACAUCACUCAGUUUCGUGAUGGGAGACACCGCGUGGCAACUCCCGAGAAAGUGGCCAUUAUGGAACUGUCCACGAGCUUUGAGAAGCGACGUCUAGGGAAACAGCAGCAGAUAUUGACUGAAAUGAACCAGAGGUGCCGUGAGCAAGAAGUGGCGGAUCUAUCGUCUAAACUGACUAAUAAAUGUGUGUUGGAAUCGGAAAGGGGAGCAGUCGGGCGUUCUCGUGAAAUCACCUAUUACUCUACUACUUUUAUGAUGCAAAAGCCAAAAAUAGGAACAGAGGACGCGGAAUCUACCAUCAAGGCCGAUUCACCCGCAACCACCCCUCUUCCCUUUUUUGAGAAAACAUACAAACAUUUUCCAGCUAGGAAAAUUAUAAAACAUCAAGGGAAAUUCGAACUGGUACCCAAGAACAGUAGAGGGUCGCCGAUAAGGACUCCUCGAAUAGACCCCAGCCCUGUGAAGGCGCUCGUCUCCCAGGCUAUGAGUGACCCCUACCAGAAGCUGAAACUUUUACACUCUCAGCGUAUCAAUGGACCUGUUCAGCUCAAUCACUAUAUAAACCCUAAACAGGACCAGUUAGCCCCCUUAGUUUUACCGAGCAUUGACACUUCAGUGCAAGAAAAAAUUGAUGCAUUUUGUACAUCCCGAGUCCAUCUUGGUACUCGGUCCAAGACGACGGGCGUUGAAAGCCAGAUGAAUGGAACACUUAGUAGCAAACUAAGUCAAAAGUCUGUGAAGAGAACUUCACCUCCUAAAGGGGUACCCGACUCCCACAUGACGACAGAAUAUCAAGCAGACGACAAUCCCGGGGGAGGAAACACCCCACCCCCUAAUUCGACGGAACCUCCAAUCGAGGUCUCUGCGGUUUAAAGUAGAAUUACAUGUAUAUAUCUAUUUAUUAUACUGACGUCCACACGAAUGUGUGCAAGGUGCCUUACUUUUUUUCAAAUUUGUUUUUCAUUUUCUUCAUGGUUGUGAUCGAAAGUCUGGCAAUGAGAUUAUAUAAGUUGCCUUCUCUCAAAAGAGAUUUGUGUUGAUCCGUUGAAAAGUUCGCACGUCUCUCUGUGAUUUGGCGGAAUUAUAAAUUAAAGUGGAUUAUAAAACAGUCUUCUGCAGUGCUCUGGGCAAAAGUCCAGAUUCUUAAUUUGCAAAAAUGUGCAUACAUUGCAAAGUGUUGUUUUUGGCGGUGCUUAAAAAAAACGGAUAAAGAGUUGAUGAAAAACACAACAAAUUGAUUAAAACCCAGUAUUUAAUGUGCACAGAGCUGAAAAGUUCUAUUAAAUGAUUUGACAGAGUUCUUAAAGGGUUUUCAUCACGGAUUUAAAUGCCUUUGUGACUGCUCGCGUUAAUUAUUGUCAUUUCAUAUCAACAUAUUGUCUGCGGAAAACCUUUAUCUCAAGGAGAACUGUGCACAGCAGGGGAGCCCCGCCAUUUUGCGAAUGACGUCUGCCAUACUACAGUGAAAUUACCUGACGACUCAGGACUUAUUAAUUAUUGGUUAUCUCAUAAUGUAUACACAAACACAUAGAUAAAAAUAGACAAAUGAGUGCAAGAUUGAGAGAGCAAUUUCGAAUUAUCGAUUAUAGGACCAAUACUGUUCUCGAUUAAAGCUAUUUAAAUACAUAAUAUUAUAUUACUGGACAGUGCUAACCAAUAAUUUCUAUACUUCCUCACAGGAAAUCUCAAAAUAUUUUAAUUUACUGGUACAUAAAAUUGUCUCAAGUUUAAAAUCAACUAUAUGACCAUGCAUACAUUUGUUUGAUAUCCAGCACUGAUAUUUUGAGAAUACACAGAUGCAAACAAAAAGAGCACUUCUUAAGUAACACUAGAAUUUCACUUGAAAUUCAUACACUAUUAUUACGUUGACAGCAGGGUGUUGGUUAUUAACAUUCAAGACUGAGACGAGUAAGUGAAGAAAAAU